ACAUCGAGCAUCCAUUCCCAUUUGAAGAAUGAUCGAAGAUGCUUUAUACUGACUAUCAUGUCUUUGACUUUAUUGCUUCAUAUAUUCAAACCAAAAUGAGGGCAGCGUAUGUAUCGUUUCAUCGUUCAAAGCAUACGAAUAACCAAGAGGUCGAGCUUUAUACCUUAAUCCAAAGCAAUGGAACCGCUGGUACGGCUACUGGCAUCGGAAGGACCACCAAGCUUGGAAGGGAACCUUGACAUUGAUCUCAAGCCAAAGAUUUCAUACGUCUUUUCGAAGAUCAUUCGACUUUGCUUUUGAGCCCAAAUUCUUACCUGAGAAAGUUACAUUGUCUAAUACCAGUUCCAGUUCCAUGGGUAGAUCACAAUCACGUGAACCCGUGAAAAUUUGGGCGUUUUUAUUUCAAACUCGACGCGUUACCCCGCCAUUCAUUUCGUUUCCCAUUUCGUUUGCUUCUUGGUGAAAUGAAGAUGGAGCAGGUUUCGUUUGCAUACGGUGCUGAUUACUUACCAUCUAUUACUCUAAAUUAAUCAAUACAAGACUACACAUUUGUACAUCUUCACAUUCCCAUCUUGCAUCUAAUCCCUCAUACUAAAUCAACAUGAAGGAAUCUUGUGAUCCAGAUGGCCCUGGUUUCUUUGAAAUCAUCAACAACAUAAAUUAUCGCUAUGGAGGUCGUCAGUUCUCAUGUUUUGGUUAUACAAUGUCAAUACCACCCUUUAAUAGUCGCGACCGCCACGAACCAGUCGAGUACUGGAAGGCCCAACUUGCAUUUCGAGGCUUGUCACCCAGAGGCAGUGACACUACUUCUCUCAAAAUACGUUUGGUUAAUGCUGAUACUGAUGAAACGGACAUUGCUGUGAAGCUAGGCUGCGAAGCAUUGGCACGUGUAUACCACGAGAAGGAAUUCGAAAGGCAAGAACUCGAACGAGAAGCUCAACUUGAGGCUCAAAGACGAUCUGAACGUUAAAUUCAGCAACGAGCUCUAAAAUAUAAACGGGCAAACCGAACUAUCAAUAUAAGGCUGGGGGAAAAUGAUCCUAACACAUUCUUGUAUGAGCUCUUUUGCAACGAAAACGAAGUUGACGAAGGUGGUCCUCCAAUCGAACUGAAGGGUCUGGAUGGUGGCUACAGAGCUGGUCUACAUCACGCGGCCAGUAUGUUUGGUCUAUUUCAUUCAACAUCGAUAUCAGAAAUUAUGGUUAUCGGCUCAAAAAAGAACAAUUUAGCAGCUGAUAAAUUGAAUGCGCUUAACCUUGAGGCUGGAUGGCCAAGUCAACCAUCCCACGCUUGUUCGGGCACACGUAAGCGACGUGCGCAGGAUGGGGAUGGGGAUGAGGAUGAGGAAGUUCCAUCUGUUGGGGUUACUGAAGAAGCUAGGCAACGUGCAAAUGCUCAAGCUCGAUUUUCCUCAAGCUCUAACCAUGCCGGAGUUGCUAGACAAGCUUCAUCACGUCUGCAGCAAACGCGUGCAGAUGAAAUAAAACGUGUGAAGAGGAUAGCGGCAUAUCUCGGAGGGUCUAUCUCCGCUGCAGACCGAUCUAGGUUAACAGAAUUGGGUGUGAGAAGCUGAGAUUGGACAAAUAUCAACGAAGGGAGCGGAUUCACUAAUUGCAGAGGUUAAUCGGCAUAGAUUGGGUUACGCUGAUGCUGGCGAAGACGAGGGUGAAGAGGAUGAGGAUGAGAAUGCUGAGGAUAAUGAGGUUGAGGGCGAGGACUAUGCCGAUGUUAACGAGGACCAUGGGACGUUACGGGACAUUGGAAAAUCGAAUGUCGUGAUCUGCGACGUAAUUAUGGAUAUCGUGACCCUUACAUUCUCCAAAUAUUUUCCAGCAAUGAACUCCAUCGAAAUGGUACGGAGAUGCACGGACGUCUUUGCUUUCAAGAAUGGGAAGGUAUAAUCCGUUUCUCAUCUAUGCGCAGCGCUCGGGAUGAUCAUCGAGAUCAAUAUAUCCUCGAUACCAAUGACGAAUAUCCGCCGAAGAUCCUACAAGAUGUUAUAGAUGGAGGGGAAAAGAUAUCCAGGAUAUCAUUCAAUUAAGAUCAGGUUCUGAACUCUAUAAGAUGACAUUCUCAAAUGGUGGGAAUAAGGUUGAAGGGACGUGGGGCAUCAGGAUGGUUUUGUGAGGUUUACUGGUAUUAAGCUCAGGGAUGCACGCCCAGGUGAAGGACAACAUAUUCUGCACGAUUGGGAGAAGUAUAAUCAGCAAGAGUAUGAUAGAGCUAAUAGGGCGGGAUGGUGUUGAAGAUGAUGAAAUUAAUUCGAGUUGAAUGAAUUGGGGUAGUGAAAGGUCGAAUACACCAGAUGUUUCAGAUUACAAUAUGAUAUGAUAUGGCAAUCUAUUUCAUAU